CGGCACAGCCAUCGUUUCAGUGCGUUCGUGACCGUGGUUUAGCAUUGACGGCUUUUCGCCCUCAUCUACUGGGCCGUGGCGCAGUUUCCUUGCUUGCUGUACACACUACCCGUACACUACACAGGAAGCGUGACUCACCGUUUCCAUGGAUACGUUCGGGAGGGUUACGAGCGGUUGCAACAGUCACAAACCAGUGCAACACCACCGAUCCGGAUGGCAGUGUAGAAAGUGCAUCGCUGCACAUUUGUCGUUACUUCACUCGCUGCGUGUCCUUCGCUAGUGUGUGUGCGUGUGUUUUAUACAUGCCAUUUUCUGGCACUAUUUUCCAACUUCAACAUCGUGUUUUCUGUAGUGAAUGUAGUCGUAGUUUUUACCUCGCUCGCCCUCACUGGUAGUACCAAUGGCCUGUAAAUAUUCUGCUACAAGUUUUAACACCUCUACCAAUGCCCAAAACGCGACCUGUGCUUGUCAAAAGUUUUGUGCAAAGAGUGCCGUGUUGCGUGUAAAUAUGAGUGUGCUGUAUUUUUUAUCCUAACCUACAGACGAUCGUAAGAUUUUAAAACCUAUGUAGUCCCUAGAGCGGUUCCAAUGUUUCUCCGUCUCUCUAACCUUCUUCGCCAUUUCUCUCUCGUGUGUGUGUGUGUGUGCGUGUGUUUUCUCCUUUUGUCCUACCACAACCGUCCACGCAGUGCCGCGUGGUAACCGUGCAAGCCGCAAAUCUUAAUGUCAAUUUCAUCCCACUAACCGCAAACUUUCGCUGUCGAGAGUUUUUCGGCGACCAUUCUCCUCACGGCUCAUCCUACCAUUUUAUACCAUCCUGCAUCUCGUAUCGAUACGACCUGUGUGUGUAUAUGCGAUUAUUGUUCAGUGUGAUCAGUGGAUGUGUGUGUGUGUGGGGGGGGGUCCUGGUGUGAAUUUAUCGCUACAUGCAGGAGCAAUAACUCGUGAGCAUAAUUUAACGGCGCACGCAUAAAAGAUGGUCAAAAUUGGUGCUGUGAAAUUGCCAUUUUACUGUCUGGCAUGGGUGCAACUGGUGAGCGUGCGGUAUUGAAGUUGAUCGUUACCGUGCCCGUGGUAAUGCGUGUUACAUCCUGCGAGGAGCUAUAAUGUGAUACAGCAGCCUUUUUUGUAAAGUGCGUGUGUAUGUGUAUGUGUGCAAAGCGUGUUUUAAUGUACAAAAUGGAGUGUGAAUUGUUUGUAAUCGUAAAACGAAUUGUAGUGUGUAAUAAAAGCAUAUUGAGUACGAUCGAUAAGCUGCGUGUGUGUGUGUUUAUUGUUGAUGCUGAUUGAACAAAAAUUGAGAGCAUCAAAUCCGGGUGUGGCAGACAGGAGGAUAAAGCAUUUGCAUAGAUUUAUGACUCGUUGUCUCGUUGUAAAAUAACAACACGCACUGUGUGCACUGUAGCGAAAGCUCUUCCAUUCCAUUAAAUUAAAUCCACCAACGGAAUCGAUUUUGUGUGAUGAAAACACAAAAAAUAUAUACAAAAGAAACGAUCCGAUGCUUAAAGCACUAGUUUGAAGCUUCAUCCCCGUUUUGGAGUCAAAUAUUAAGCGAUUGCUGCACCCAUGCCGAGUGGGUCAUAAAUUAAUUACCCAGAGUGUGCCAUUCUAAUCCGAUUGUUUGUAAAUUUAUGAGCUAAUCGGUCUCGGUUGCAUCGAGCUGCACCUGCUGUUGACUGUUUGGCGCUAAGCGUAAAACAAACGUCGCCAACCUUACGAGAAAAAGCGGACUCGAUACGACCGUGUUUGUGUUCACGCUAAACAACGAACUUCCAAGGACAGCGCUCUACGUCACUGUUUUGUGCCUCACUGCGAAGGAUUAAGCUCACCGGGGGAAGGGAAAGCGAAUUGGUGUGAAAGUGGACCGGACGACUAAUCCCGUUGACGCCCUACCGGAAGGUCGGUCAGUGAUCGGAAAAAAGAAAAUUAAUCCUUUCACGCUUCGCUCCGCCCGGCCAGCAGUAACGCAAUUAAGUGUUUAGAGGCGCGUGUGUUCUUCGUGCGGAGUUCUUAGUGAAACAGACGGGGCUCAGCGUAAGUCAGCGCGUUUGCUGGUUAUAAUCGUAACUCCUGCCAUGAAGCUACUGGUGGGACUUUUGUUCCUUUCUGCAGUCAACUUUGCCACACCGGCGCAAGCAUCCGGCACGUUGCGCCGGGCACUGGUGCUGCCCGAGACGGAAUACGAAAGAAUUCUCGAGCAGCAGCAGCAGCUGGGCGGCUCGUUCAACCGGAACACCGUAACCGUGGACGGGGCGGAACCGGCGGAACCCGGCACGGUGACGUUCCGCUGCGAGGAUGGAUUUUUCCGGUGCAACAACACGCUCCAGUGCAUCGAGCAGAGCAAAAACUGCAACGGAUUUCCCGACUGUGACGACGGCUCGGACGAGCUGGAGUGUGAUGACGACGUGGGACGGAAUUAUUAUGACCAUUACUUCCGCAAGCGACCGGCUGCCAUCAACGAUCAGCUGCCUUACACACCGUGCAACUGGAACGACGCCAACAACACGUGCAAAUGUCGCGGAACGGACGUGCUGUGCGAGUACAAGGGCCUUACCGGGCUGCCAUCGGUACUGACCUCGGAGAACGUCACGCUGCUCGAUCUCACUGGGAAUGUGUUUAUCGAGCUGAAUAUGAAUGUGUUCCAGCGCUUCCCGAAGCUCAGCACAUUAGUCCUGCGGCACUGCUCGAUCGAGCGUAUCGAACCGGUCAAGCUGGCCGGCAGCAUCGACGCACUACAUUUGGACCAGAACGGGCUGACGACGCUGCCGGACGAUUUUUUCCCACCCGGGACGGUGCUGCGUAUACUUGUACUGAGCGGCAACCGAAUUAACCGGCUGGGAAGGACGAACUUUGUCAAUCUGGAGUUUCUCGAGGAGCUUGACUUGAAAGACAACCAGAUCGAUGCACUCACCGAGGAUGUGCUGGCGCCGCUGACGAAUCUUCGCAUACUCUACUUAAACAACAACCGACUGCGGAAGCUCGUCCCGGGCAUGAUACCGGCGCUGGUAACGCUGCAAACACUCUCGCUCGCGCGGAACCAAAUCGAAACGAUCGAGGUGUGUGCGCUGGAUCUGCCGUCGCUGGAGCAUCUCUACCUGUCGGAGAACCUGCUAACAGUGAUCCGAAACGACACGUUCGGCAACUUAACGAAUUUAGUAGGAUUAUUUUUAAAUAGCAACAAAAUAACCCAUUUCGAGCUGGAUGCAUUUAGCGGCAUAGCCAAGCUGGCAACACUCAACCUGCAGGGGAACAAAUUUGACCGGAUCGAUCGGCGCGUGCUGGAUAACCUUACCAACCUGCACCACAUCCAUUUCACCGAGUUCCAUCACUGCAAGGCGGCCCUGCACGUGCGUGUCUGCGAGCCAAAAGGUGACGGCAUCAGCAGCAACCGGCAUCUGCUCGAUAAUCCCGUGCUGCGUGCAAGUGUGUGGAUAAUGGCGGCCAUUGGUAUCGUGGGCAAUCUGCUAGUCCUGUUCGGGCGCUAUGUGGUCGGGUCGCGCAGCAGCCAAGCGCACGCGGAACAUUCGCUCUACCUGCGCCAUCUAGCGGCCAGCGAUCUGCUGAUGGGCGUGUACCUCGGCAUCAUAGCAACCGCUGACAUUAUCUUCAGAGGUGAAUAUCUUACCCAUGACGAAGAGUGGCGCAUGAGCUCGAUCUGUGCGUUUAGUGGCUUUCUCAGCACGCUCAGCUGCCAGUCGUCCACGCUGCUGCUGACGCUCGUCACCUGGGACCGGCUGGUGUCGGUGACGCGACCGCUCUACCAACGGUCCAGCAGCAAAACGCGCGUCAUCCUGCGGCUGGCCGUGCUGUGGGGCGUGGCGACGGCCGCCGCCAUCGCCCCACUGUCCGCGACCGAGUACUUUGGGCCACACUUUUACGGCAGCAACGGGGUGUGCCUGUCGGUGCACAUACACGACCCGUACGCGAUGGGCUGGGAGUAUUCGGCCGGGCUGUUCAUCCUGGUGAACACGGUGUCGCUGCUGUUCAUCGGCAUCUCGUACCUGCGGAUGCUGCAAGCCAUUCGCGUCUCCCGGAACGAAACGCGCAACACGCUGAACUGCCGGGAGAAGGUGGUCGCGAGAAGGUUCGCCAUCAUCGUUGCAACGGAUUGUGUCUGCUGGAUGCCGGUGAUUGUAGUGAAAUUAGUUGCGCUAGCAGGGUAUGAAAUUUCCCCGUCCCUGUACGCGUGGCUAGCGGUGCUGGUACUACCGAUCAAUUCCGCCCUCAACCCGGUACUGUACACAUUGACGACGGCACAGUUUAAGCAACAGCUAGCGCGCUUCUGCUAUUCGCUACCAUGUGGCGCUCAUCCCGAAUAUGAUUCAGCAAUCGACUCGCGGAACUCGAUGGCACAGUUUUCGCACAACGGAAGCAAACGUAUGAUGAAUCGAAGGGAACGCAUGUCAUCCAACACGAAGGUGUACGAGUUUAAAUAGCAGUUGUCGAACGGGGGUGCACCAGACCGGCGCAGUAUCCGCAGCGUUCGGCACCGGCCCUCCGACGCGUCCGAUACCUCCGACCAUCGGAACCAUCGGCACUGCUUCCUGCCCAACAGUGUGCACCACCCAUCGAAGCAGGGCCAUCCGGGGUCAGCGGCGGGCUGCGGGACCGGUAUGCUGCGUGUGCCUUCCUCGUUGCCCUCCUCCCCCUCGACGAUCAUCACCAACAUCGAGCAGGAUCGGGCGGAACGCGACAUACCGAUGGAGAUGGCCGCACUGGUUGUGUUUGAUGGGCAGCAUGGACCGCAACACCAGAACCGGUUUGUGUGUGCCGGACCGCCCGCUGGCUACGAGCGCCCGCAGCAGGGACAGGGAGGAUCCGGCAGCUGUGGCCACCGGAAGCAUCGAUCGGCCACCGCGGUGCUGAUGCUGAUGGAACGUUGCUCGAACUCGAGCACGGAAACGUUUGACUUUUGAGCCGCGGGGGAGGGGGCGAAGUGAAGCCUAGAAAUGACUGUGAUAAAAGAAACUAGCCGCUUUGGUUUGGUGGAUGGUUGAAACUGAGCGGGAGGGAGGAGGAGGAGGAGCGGUGAAAAACAACCCAACAAGGAGAAGCUUAUUUGCCUACCGAAACACGUCGUUACGUCGAUCAUUCGGGUCGAAUGCUGUUUCCAUAUUUUCUCAAACCGCUUCCAAGGAGCUUACAUUUUAACGAUAGAUGGCGCUAAACAAAGGUCGCGGAUAGAAUUGCACUUCCGCAACACUUUGUACGUGCUGAACGUUUUACAGAUGAAAUGAACUACAACAAAAUGAGCAUAGUUGAAUAGAAAGAAAAGUUAAUUUUAUAAAAAAAAGUUUAACUGUUGUGUACACCAAAGUGUAAAGUAAAGCUCGAAGUGGAACUCGA